GUCACAGAGGCGCGUAUUAACCGCAAUGGCAAUAUCGCUGAACAAAUUGGAAUGCAUCCCCUUGUACGAAUGGCCUCAUAUAAUCCUUUUGUUUAUGAAGAAUCCACACUUCGCCAUCGUCUUCUUAUUGGUCGAAGCAGAAUUCCCGCAGUAAGCAUGACUUUGUUCCCUUUGUGA